UCGCCGUCACGGCGGACCUUGAGCCACAUCUCCGAUGAAGUGAACCGAACAGGGAACUCUUCCUGCGAGUUUCACGGAAAAAAAUAUUACCGGGAACGACAAUAACAAUUCAGCGAUAACAAUAGCAAUUCAGCGUUUGGAUCAGUUCGUUCAUCACGACGAUUUUUUCCAAAUAAAACGCAAACACAGUUGACCAUGAUGUCUAUCGCAUCCGGGCCAAGCCAUGCCGCCUACACGUGGGCGUCGCAAGGAGGCGGAUUUGGUAACCAAACCGUAGUGGACAAAGUGCCACCAGAAAUGCUCCAUAUGGUCGACGCUCACUGGUAUCAAUUUCCACCGAUGAACCCUCUGUGGCACGCGCUCCUCGGCUUCGUCAUCGGUGUCCUCGGCGUGAUAUCUGUUAUCGGUAACGGCAUGGUGAUAUACAUAUUCACCACUACCAAGAGCCUUCGUACUCCAAGCAAUUUGCUCGUCGUCAAUCUCGCCAUCUCCGACUUUCUUAUGAUGCUAUGCAUGUCUCCGGCUAUGGUGAUCAAUUGCUAUUACGAGACGUGGGUGCUAGGACCCUUGUUCUGUGAACUAUACGGCUUGGCGGGUUCCCUGUUCGGAUGUGCCUCCAUAUGGACAAUGACGAUGAUUGCAUUCGACAGGUACAACGUAAUCGUCAAAGGCUUAUCUGCCAAGCCAAUGACCAUAAACGGCGCCCUCAUUCGCAUACUUACCAUCUGGUUCUUUACACUGGCUUGGACAAUCGCACCUAUGUUUGGAUGGAACCGCUACGUGCCUGAAGGCAACAUGACCGCUUGUGGUACCGACUAUUUGACCAAAGACCUGUUCUCCAGAUCGUAUAUCUUGAUCUACAGCAUAUUUGUCUAUUUUACGCCAUUGUUCCUCAUCAUUUACAGUUACUUUUUCAUCAUUCAGGCCGUCGCCGCACACGAGAAGAAUAUGCGCGAACAAGCGAAAAAGAUGAACGUCGCUUCCUUGCGAUCGGCCGAGAACCAGAGCACCAGCGCUGAAUGUAAACUUGCGAAGGUAGCUCUGAUGACCAUUUCUCUAUGGUUUAUGGCGUGGACUCCAUAUCUGGUUAUCAAUUACUCAGGUAUCUUUGAAACAACCAAGAUCAGCCCACUCUUCACGAUCUGGGGUUCUCUCUUUGCGAAAGCCAAUGCCGUGUACAAUCCCAUCGUAUAUGGUAUUAGUCAUCCCAAGUACCGAGCUGCUCUCUUUCAGAAAUUUCCGUCCUUGGCGUGUACCACUGAACCGACUGGUGCGGAUACAAUGUCCACGACUACCACAGUUACGGAAGGGAAUGAAAAGCCUGCCGCAUAAAAUAACGACGCUAUAUAUAUAUCAAUCUUUCUUCUGUUGAUAAUGUAACAGAUUUUUGCUAAAUUCGCAUAAGGCCAUGAGAAAUAGUAUCUCAUCACGAAGAAAUCGUACCACAUCAAGCAUGGAUUGUAAAUAACUGCAAUAACUAAUAUAACUAUGCAUCAGAAAUAUUGGUGAUCAGUGAGAGUGCAUUUGAUACAACAUGUCACACAAGAGAAAUGUCAUGCGAUUAAUCGCGGUUCGAACGCAACCACCUAACGGAGUCAAGGCGGAAUUUGUAAAAAAAAACUUUAAUAUCGAAAAAAUCGAGGACUGGAACAACGCAAACUAUUGGAGUCUAUGAUACAUUAUACGAUUCGACUGCACCACGAUGCGAAUUGUGUCUCAUAGUAAAAUUUAUAAAUUCUGUCAUUUCUUUAAAGCAAAAAAAUGAAAUAUAUAAUCAUUUUGGAAUUAGCAAACAUAUCGCUGUAUCGCUAAGAAUGUUAUAUCGCCAUGAGAUAUACAUCGUGUCUGUAAUUAAUUUUAUAGAACUAAAUAAAUUCUGCAGGGGCAAUCAUA